GGGGCGCCAUUUUGUGCUGGGCCUGCUCUUCCAAAGCGGGAGAAAAUUAAGAGGCUGGCGCGAAGCAGUUAACCGCUUCCACGGCGGAGCUAGACGAAGGAGACCAGCGCGUCGAGCUUCCAGCCGAAUAUAAGGGAGGAAAGAACUGGGCGAGAGUUUCUGGUUGGCCCUUUGCCAUGGAGGGCGAGGUUGUUUCCAUGGAAAGUGUCCAGGCUGCUGCCCUGGCUCCUGAUGGAAAGGUCUUGUCAGAGGGUGAAGAAGCCUUGAUGCAAGCAGCAGCCAUCACACCACAAGGGGAGGUUGCUGGUAACAUGGAGAUGAUGGUGAUGGAUGCUCUUGAUCCAACUCUGCUGCAAAUGAAGACUGAAGUGUUGGAAGGUGGCGGCACAGUGACUGUUACUGGUGGAGAAGAGGGUCAAAUCAUCACCCUCCAGGUAGUGAACAUGGAGGAGCAAACAGGUGCUGCAUUAGGUCUUGGGCAGCUUCAGUUGGUGCAAGUACCAGUUACCACAACAACUGUUGAAGGGCUUCAGGCCACGUAUGUUGAUGCUUCAACAGCAAACAAAGAUGGUGAGCCAGUCAUCUGUCACACUCUACCAUUGCCUGAGGGAUUCCAGGUGGUGAAAGUGGGUGCUAAUGGAGAAGUAGAGACUGUAGAGCAGGAGGAGCUCCAGGCAGCCCAUGAGGAGCUUCAAGUGACAGGGGUGGAAGAGGAGGAAGAAGAAGCAGUAGAUGAGGAACCUGUUGAGCCCCAACAAGAAGAACCUCAAUGGGCAAAGGAUCCAGACUAUCAGCCUGUUGCUGCUGUCCGUAAGGGAAAGAAAGGAAAGAAGAACCGCCUGCGUUAUGCAGAGGGUGAUCGGGACAUGGAUGUUUCUGUGUAUGACUUUGAGGAGGAGCAGCAAGAGGGGUUGUUGUCAGAGGUGAAUGCUGAGAAAGUAGUGGGCAACAUGAAGCCACCUAAGCCCACAAAGAUCAAGAAGAAAGGGGUAAAGAAGACUUUCCAGUGUGAGCUGUGCAGCUACACGUGCCCACGGCGCUCCAACCUGGACCGACAUAUGAAGAGUCACACAGAUGAAAGACCACAUAAAUGUCACCUGUGUGGAAGGGCCUUCAGAACAGUCACACUGCUGAGGAACCACCUUAACACACACACAGGCACACGCCCACACAAAUGCUCAGAUUGUGACAUGGCAUUUGUGACCAGUGGUGAGUUAGUGCGUCACCGCCGCUACAAACAUACGCAUGAGAAACCCUUCAAGUGCUCCAUGUGUGACUAUUCUAGUGUGGAGGUGAGCAAAUUGAAAAGGCACAUCCGCUCUCAUACAGGGGAGCGCCCUUUCCAGUGCAGUUUGUGCAGCUAUGCCAGCAGAGACACGUAUAAGCUCAAGAGACACAUGAGGACACAUUCAGGUGAAAAGCCUUAUGAGUGCUACAUCUGCCACGCUCGUUUUACACAGAGUGGCACCAUGAAAAUGCACAUCCUGCAGAAACAUACAGAGAAUGUCCCAAGUUUUCAACUGCCACACUGUGAUACUGUCAUUGCACGCAAGAGUGACUUGGGUGUGCAUUUGCGGAAGCAGCACUCAUUUAUUGAGACGGGAAAGAAAUGUCGCUACUGUGAUGCUGUGUUUCAUGAACGUUAUGCUCUGAUCCAACACCAGAAGACUCAUAAAAAUGAGAAACGUUUCAAGUGUGACCAGUGUGACUACUGCUGCAGACAGGAACGCCACAUGAUAAUGCACAAACGCACACACACGGGGGAGAAGCCGUUUGGCUGCAGCCAGUGUGAAAAAACAUUCAGACAGAAGCAGCUUCUGGAUAUGCACUUCAGGCGCUAUCACGAUCCUAAUUAUGUGCCCACAGCCUUCGUCUGCAUUAAAUGUAGCAAGACAUUCACUCGCAGGAACACCAUGUUGCGUCACGCUGAAAACUGUACAGGUGAAGUCAUUGGAGAAGAAAAUGGCACCCCGUCCAAGAGAGGUCGCCGUGGCAGAAAGAGGAAGAUGCAGAGCAGGAGGGAUGGUGAAGAUGAUGAUGAUGAUGAUGAUGAUGUCACAGAGGGAGAAAUGGAUGAAAUAGAAGAGGAUGAAGAGAUGCUAAGUGAGCUGGAGGUGGAACAGGCCCCACCAGUUGUUCCUAUUCCAGCCCCAGUGGAGCCACCACUCAAGAGAAAACGUGGCCGACCUCCAAAGAACAAACCAGAGACGGCUGCCAUCAUCCGUGUGGAGGAUGAGGCCACUGGAGAGGUGGAUGACAUCAUUGUGAAGAAGGAAAUUGUAACUGAACAAGCUGACCAGGAGCAGGGCGGCAAUGAGGACGCCACAGAGGUGGUGAUGGUUGGCGGGGAAGAGUCAGCCAUCCAGAUGGAGGAGUUAUCUCAAACAGAGGAGACGACACAGGUGGUGCAGCUGUCUGAGGCUGCUCCAAAUGGAGACCUCACCCCUGAAAUGAUCCUCAGCAUGAUGGACCGGUGAUGGAUGUGAGGGUCCGACCUGUGCAGAUACAGUCCCACAGACCCUUAUUCACAUCUUCAUUUUAUUCCUGGCAUUUAUGAUUACUUGCAUCCUGCACAGGAACAUCACUGUUGUAAUUUAAGAUUCUCUUUUUAAUCGUGUUAUUUUUGAUUAAAAAGAUUUUAACAUGGAUUUGUCAACCAAAAGAGAAAAAAAAAAAAGAAUCUCAGUACUUGUCUGAGCUUGGUUUGCUGUAAUUACCAGCAGCAUCGUUUAGCUUUCUUGUGAUUACUCGUAAAUAACACCUGCAUCAUGUUUGUACUGGCAAAAUCUUUGGCUGUAAUUUUUUGGGGUGGGGGUUGAUAUUUCUAAUUUUAAAGUAUUUUGACUUUAAAACCUGACCCUCCACUUCUGUUUGCAGAUUUUAUUUUCUAUUUUUUUAUAUAUACAUGCUAGUAAAUUGUUGCUCUUAAAAGAAGAUUAAGAUGGCUUGUGGAUUUUUGUCUUCGUCAACAUGCAAAAAAAUAAAAAUCAGUGAUCUGUAUGCUGAGGUUUUGUACCUCUGUGUAAACAGAAACCUGCCCUUUAAACAAAAUAUUAAAAUUUUGUAAAAUGUCUUUCUGGAGUUAGAGAUUUGUGUGGGGGGGACUAAUACAACAAAGAUUCAUAGUUGCUGUAAUGUUACAUAUUUCCUGGGAAGGACACAAAGCAAUUUUAUGGAAGCAAAUGAUGCUGAUGUUAGUUGCAGUCACUUAAACACAAGAAAUAUUAAAUAUUUUGAAUAUUUUUUUGCUUUGUUUUUUGUGGUUAGUAAAGUCAUUUAAGCCUAUUCUAGUUUUAAGAGAUUUUAGACUGCUUAUGCAUCUUUUUCUUGCAAGUGUAACACCCUUAGAAUCCACAUACAAUAUGAUCAACAUUGUGACUAAGUGCAAAGGAAGAAAGCUGUUUUUCUUCCAUUGUGUAGCCAUUCCACUUUGGGUUAUUUUUUUUCCUUUUAUACCAUUGGCAAUGCUACAUACAAGCUCGAAUGACAUUUUACUGGCUUGUGUGUCAGAUACAGAUGUAUGACUGUACAACCAAUAAAAGAAAAAGUAGA